AUGGCGGGAAAUCCUCCAACAUCAUACACCACCGACCCCACGUUAUUCCUGUAUACCUCUCUGACAGCCGGUUCUUCCCACAUCAUCACAGCAACGUCGAGGUUAGAAACGAUUCUAAAGGCAAAUAAGAUCCCUUUCCGAGCGAUCGAUGUUGCCACAGAUGAGAAAGCACGUAUGAUAUGGGGUCGGAGGUCGAAGGGCAGAAAGCUACCCGGGCUGGUCAGAUAUGCCAGCAUAGUCGGAGAUCUGGACCAAAUUGAAGAAUGGAAUGAAUACGGUGAACUGAAGGCACAGAUAGCUGCAACCCUGUCACCCUAUGACGCUUCGAAAUCGGAACCGCAGAAAGUGGCUAUAGCACCCACGGCAACGGGAGCAGCAGCACCGCCUAAAACGACCUCCUCGACCCCCCACAUACGGAUAGGGGAUACACCUUCGCGGACUCCGUCGGGCGAACAGCAUGGUGAGAACAUGCCGGCUGCGUUGCGACAGGCCAGUGAGGAGGCUGCGGCAAAGGCCAAGGAGAACAUGCGGGCAAGACUAGGAUUAAAGCCUCAGUCACCCUUGCAUAAAUCCGAAGAGCAGAAAGCCGAGAUGAAGGGGAAGGGACCAGAAGACCAGAAACCGGAGGAGACAAAAUCAGAAGGCAAGCUAGCAGAAGUGGGACUGAAAGAGAAACAUCCAGAAGAGAAGAAAGCUACCGAUCAGGAGGAGCCAUCUGAACAGAAGGAACUUGAAGAGAAAACAGAAGCGCUAGAGUUUGGGAAAGAAGACAUAUCAGAGGGGCAGAAGCCAGAGGGAAAGAAAGUAGAUGAGCAGGGGGGAAACAAAGAGACCCAGAAGCUGGCUGGAGCAUCCCAAACUGCUAAGGAUGACAAGCCGGAGCCUGUUACAGCUUCGGUGGAAUCCAACGACGCGAAACUGGGAAAGGAGAAGGAUGGAGAAGAUGUAUCAUCCACAACCGGCCCAAGUGCAACCUCCAAGGAGGCAAAGGGUGCAUCCGCUCCUGAAAAAGAAGCGGUAUGA